CCCCUCUGCUCCCGCUGCCCCAAGGGCCUCAGGAAGCGGCGCCUUCUGGUUGCCGGCUCCUUGCUGGGCUCGGCGGGGGCUAGCCUGCUGCUCACCCUCAUCCCGCCCGCCGGCGGGGACGCGGGGUACCCGUACUGUAACACCAGCCAGCAACCGGGUGGCCGAUGGGCCACCACCACGGGGCCCGGUCCGGGCACGAGCGGCUCCAGUGUUUUAAGCAUGGGUGCUAUUACAGACGCAAAAGCUGUGUCAAAAGAAAGAAUGAAAACAACUGCUGGCGUUUUGAUAGCAAGCAGAAAGCCAACAGUAACCAGUUCAGCCUCCCAUGGAUUACUUGGCCUGACAGAUAUGCUUGAAAAAGAAGGCAAAGGGGUUGGUGAAGGUGAUACAAAGACAAAUGGCUACUUGGAUGGUCCCUCUGGCUGGACAGCUUCUGUGAAAGCAGUUAACUGGGAGAUGCAAGAGCAAGAAGUGCUGGCUUCCUACAGAACUCCUUUACAUGGUCUCAAGAAGGAAACGAGCCGUCUGGGUUCUGCUGCAAUGGCUGUUGCUGAUAAUGCUAAAGAGGGCCUUUAUGCUACUGUAAGUAAUGAGCUCUCUUUGUUUAAAACAACUCUUCCUGCUGUCGGAGAUGCUUAUGUGUCUGGAAACCAGAAAGUCACUCAACACGUCAGCUUUGAGGCAGUGCAAAACAUCUUUCAGGACAGAAAGCAGCAGAUUUUUCUUAUGGUACUGGGUGCUGUUGUGCUUUGGGAGCUGUUGACUACAUCUCUCGAACGGACAGUGGAUGAGAGUCUCUAUGAAUAUCUCGACUUCAUUGAUGCGACUGACAGGUACGGCAAGCUGUGGAUUUGGAGUUACGUGGGUGCAUCUAUAGGCGCCUGCAGCAUUGCUGUAUUCGUGGAUCAACUGAAUUGCUUCUUCAGCAGUACGAUCAGUCGCCUUGCUGUCCAUUUCUAUGGCUACACGCUCCUGAUAACACUCUCUUUGCUCGUCAGUGUCUUUUUUCCUGUCCAUGUUCCCAAGAGAACCAACUGUGUUAACAAAAUUGCCAAAGCCCUGGCCCUCCUGUGGGGCGAUGGGCAAGCGAUCCUGUACGCCAUCACAGUCUUCCUCACUGGCGCAGCUGGGUCUACAGUGCAGAACUUUCUCUUCUGGCUGAUGCAGGACCGAGGCAGCAGUGAGCUGUACAUGGGGCUCUCUGUGGCCGUUGGGCUCCUUGCUGAAAUUUUGCUUUAUUUCUUCAAGGGGAAGUUACUGAGGACUUUAUCGAGCAGCAAAAUCGUUGCAGUCAGCCUAAGCCUCCUGGCAGUACAGCUUCUGUGCUACUCCUUCUUGUGGACUGCGUGGUCAGUUCUCCUUAUCCAGAUUUUAUCCGCCUUCAGUAGUGGUGCUCUGUGGUGGGUGGUUAACAUGACGGUGGAUGAAAUAGCCACUCCAGGCAUGGAGAGGUACCUGCACACUGUUCUCCAGAGCCUCUGCUACGGCGGAGGAGCAAGCUUGGGCAGUUUUGCAGGGGGAUUUGUCGUGAAGCACUUUGGCCUGGCAGUUCUGUACAGGGCAUGCUGUGUGUGCCUGGUGCUGUGGCUCUUCUUGUUCUUAAUUGUUCAGUCUAAAUUGCCACAGCAGAAAAAAAUUAAUUAUUCUCGUCUCCUGGCUGCUGAUUCCAGCGAUACGAGUGACACUGAUGAGGAGAAUGAAAGGGACUGGCUGGUAAAAGCCAUGAAAGAUGAAAGCUUUACUAGGAGAUGGUCACAACAGCAGGGGACCAGCUAA